AUGGACUGGUUCCAUUGUAAUCAGUGCUUCACAAGGAGGGGGUCGAAGUUUGCUGUGUCCAGCUGUGGCCACAUCUGCUGCGAAGCAUGCAUUAAAUCUCAGCAGUGCAGCGUGUGUGGGACCCAUUGCAGUUAUCUGCCCAUCACAGAUGAGAUGAAGCCACAGGAAAAGGUGUUUUUCAAGGACCCUGUGAAGCUCAUCCAAUCACGGCUGGAGAACAUUUCACAGAUUGCCCUUUUUCAGCAGACACAGAUGGAGAGAGUCACGGCGCACUUCAGGCAUAAGUCUAUUGAACUGGAAAGGCGUGUGAAGGAAGUCUCUGAGCAGGGUUACAGGCAACUGUCCGAGCUGAGGAGAGAGAACGCUGACUUAAAAAAGCAGCUUUCAGAGCUGAAAAGAGAGACUGCUGAUUUGAGAAAGCCACUUUCUCAGAGGAGAGUUUCUCCAGGACAUUUUCAAAUAGAUGGCACUCAAAGGAUGUCCCUCCCUGUGGCCGUCGCCUCCCCAGUUACCCCCCGUUCAAGACCCACGAGUCACUUUGGCUCAGCAGAGGUGCAGCGGUGGGCCAGAGACAGAGGUCCCAGUCUAUCCUCCCUCACAACUCCUGGAUCAGCUACCCCCAUUUCUAGCCAUAGUUCUCUUCAUGAACACCUACACAGAACACCGACUCCUACAAGAACUCGUCGUCAGACUCCUAAUGUUUUCCAGUUCCAGUUUAUGAGUGGACUAUCAAUACAGUCGCCCAGGCGUUAA